AUGUCCCUGGACCCCUACCACUCUGUGACAUGGGGGCACGCGCAGGGAUCCCAUCAUUUUGUGUUUGGGGAGCUCAGAGUGCGCCCAAUCUUGGAAUCUUUAAGGGAUGAGCCAGACCCAGACCCGCGGCCUUCUGGAGAGGGUCCGGCAGGGAGGGUCGGCGCCCUGGCCCGGGGUGGGCCGGAGCCCUGUGAUGCUGCAUCGCCCCCAGGAGGAGCCAGCUGUGCCCCAGAGUUGGCGCGGCCGAGAGAGGACAAGAGCGCGCAGCAGGCGAAGCUGGAGGGCGGGACUCGACUUUGUUGUCGCUGCCCGGAGGAGUCGAGACUGGUACCCGGAGGAGCUGUCUCACCAGGAGACCACGCCCUGGAAGUGUCCGGGACUCGCGGGACCUGUGGCUGCAGACCCCGCCGGGACUCAGGCCCAGAGCUGGCGCACUCCUCAGGAUGAGACUCUGGGGGCACUAGCCGGGGUCCACGGGAGGGCUGUCCUUGGGGACUCUAGGAUGGCUUCGUUCUGGCCCGCCGCACUUCUGGAGCUGUGAGACCCAAGACAAAAGGGGCUGAGGGAUUUCUGAUUGACAAGAGUUCGUGCGGGAAAACCACCUGACUCCUAGGGAUUUGUCAUUUUAGACUCAAAAGGCUUAAUACCAGAAACCACCUUGGCAAGAUAUUUACCCACCGGCCCUCUCUGUUUACUCAUGAGUGUUAAAUGUCAAAACGCAGCGCUCUAACCCUGCAUAUUAUUUACUUGCAAAUGUCUGUAAUCUGUAAUUGUGAUGCCUCUGAUGGAAUAAAUUGUCUUUUUCAGUCUCCUCUA